AUGUUUCAGAAUCCUGUGGAAAAUCUUGACAGGAUUAGAAAGGUACGGAAAAGAGUAAAAGGAAUUCUUGUAAACAUUGGACUUGACAGCUGCAAGGAGUUGCUGAAGGCCCUUAAAGGGUUUGACCCAGGAGAGAAGUACUUUUAUAACACAUCAUGGGGAGAUGUUGCUCCCUGGGAACCUGCUAGAAACAAAGUGAGGUGCCAAACGGAGCAGUACUGUUGUAGCCUUUGCAAGUACUCCACCAAGAUGCUGACCUCCCUCAAAAAUCAUCGGCGUCGUUACCACAAAGAUGAGGCGGACCGGGCGCUGCUGAUCCCCUGCCCCAACUGCCAGUUGGCCUCACAUCCUAGGGUAGUGGAUGCCCACGUCAGCAUGUUCCACUCGCGCGCUCAGAAAGCCCAGAGCUCCAUGGCGAACAUUCUGGGUAAAGAGGUGAGGUCAUCCAGGAGACACUUGAUAAGCUUCACAUGUUUAAAAUGUAGCUUCUCGAACACUUUGUACUACAAUAUGAAAAAGCAUAUGCUGGUGGCCCAUUUUCAAAAUUUAGUUAACUCCUACUUUGGCCUGCACACUGAGGAAACAGGGGCGAAACCAACAGCAAACAAUACUCUAUGUGUGAAGACUCCACCUGACAGAUACUACUGUAAAAAAUGCAAUUCCGAUGCCAUGAGCCACGAUGCUCUGAUGCACCAUGUAUUAACAGCAUCUGUACACAAGGACUUGGAGGACAUGCUGAGGUCUAUGGUUACACAACACAUCGAGAGGACUGUGCUUCUCAAGCAGGGACGUGUGGCUCAAACACCAACCUCACAUUUGACCAUGCAGCCAAACAACAGUGCUCCAGGAACCACAGCCUUAUCAUCUUGCUUCCACCUCGCCUUGACACACAACCAUCAAAAUACAAUAAUAAUGCAGCCAACGGCUAUGGCCCCAGACACUUCCAGAAACCUCAUUCAUUCCCAGCCUGCCACUGCUGCCCAGUCCCACGUGACUCUUGUCUCCAGUCCGCUCUCCCUGUGUCAGAGCAACCUCACCUCGCAACCGUCAGCUCCCCUGCCUGUUUUUUUCUCUCACGGAGUUGCACUUAAUGAGCCUGUAAACACUCCCAUGCUGACCCUGAGCUAUCCUCUGGACUCUGUGAAUAACCCUGAAACAGCUAGCAUCCUCAUGAAUCAAACCAGCCACUUACCCUGGGUUUUCACCUCUCACCCAUCUCACCGAGCCCACAAGGAGGCCUGUGGGAUCUUGCAUCCUGCUUGCGGGCCUCUUCUUCAACCUCCAGGUUAUGCAGGCUGCCUCACCAGAGAUCCUUCCUGUGGGCCUGUUGGUAGCAUUGUGGGUAUUUGUGAGCCAUAUGAAUCCUAUUAG